CAUGAUCAAACUGCGCAAGAGCCCGACGGAAGUGAGCGUCACUUCCUGGUUAGCAUCUUACGUGUCUAAAAACAGUUUUGCAUCGGUGCGGGGUUUUCCUCGUGGGUGGUUUAUAAUCUAUUUAAGUAUUAUCCGAUACGUGGUGCCAAGAUGCUAGAUUUCUUCACCAUCUUCAGUAAAGGGGGGAUAGUGUUGUGGUGUUUUCAGGGAGCCGGCGUCACUGAAUCCUUCACGGGGCCUGUCAACGCUUUGAUCCGCUCCGUGAUCCUUCAGGAGCGAAGUGGUAACAGUUCGUUCACUCAUGAGGCCCUGAAUCUUAAAUAUAAGCUCGACAAUGAGUUCGAGUUGAUCUUUGUGGUGGGUUUUCAAAAGAUCUUGACGCUUACGUACGUCGACAAGUUCAUAGAUGAUGUCCAGCUUCUUUUUAGGGAUCGUUAUAAGAAUGAGCUUGAGCAAAAGGGAGCUUUGCAGCUUCUCAGCAACAACUUUGACUUCGGGGAUGAUUUUCAGAUGCUUCUUAGAGAGGCGGAGAAGAGCAGCAAAGCUCGGAGCCCUGCCCUCAUGCGGUCCUUUAAGGAAUCUGAAAAAUCACAAAAGACUGUGAAGUCAAUGAUUGAGACGAAGGGUGGGGACAAAAGCAAGGAACAGGGUGGCAAGAAGAAUAAAAAUGCCAAAAAGGAGGCUCCUGCAGCUGAGCUGCCCAAAGGUGAUCAAGGCAGGGCCUCGGCCUCUGGGCAGAAGAUGGUUGAGAAUGGUAACCAGGGCUUGACUCCUGAGGAGGUCAUGCAGAAGAAAAGGGAGGAAUUCUUCCGCAAGCGCAUGGUGGGACCUACUGAAAAACCUAGUAAGUCUCCAAAGCCUCAGAAACCAAGGGAGAAACAAAUGCGUGUUUGGGAGAUGGGUGGUAGCAGCACUAAGGACCUGGACUACAGUGGAAGGAAUGGAGACGGUUCCCCCAAUUAUGGCGAACAGAACCAGGAAGCACAAACUGAUCCAGGGAUGCAGUUAAGCUCUAUGGAGGGAGACCUACUGCCUGUGGACUGCGAGUCCAGUGAGGAAGGAGAGAAUGAGGAGGAAGUCGAGACUGUGUCCAGCAGUGAAACAAGCAAGACAAGCUCCAAAAAAGGUGGCAGUUUUGGGGGUAUGUUGGGGAUGCUGAAAGGCCUGGUGGGCUCCAAGAGCCUGACCCGGGAGGACAUGGAGCCUGUGUUGGAGAAGAUGAGGGACCAUCUGAUCGCCAAGAAUGUAGCAGCCGACAUUGCCUCCCAGCUCUGUGACUCUGUAGCCAAAAAACUGGAGGGCAAAGUCAUGGGCACAUUCACCACUGUGGCUUCAACCCUAAAGCAGGCCCUGCAGGACUCGCUGGUGCAGAUCUUGCAGCCAAAGCGAAGAGUGGAUAUUCUGAGAGAUGUAAUGGAGGCGCAGAGCCAGAGAAGGCCAUUUGUUAUCACAUUUUGUGGUGUCAAUGGGGUUGGAAAGUCCACCAAUCUGGCCAAGAUCUCCUUCUGGCUGAUAGAGAAUGGUUUCACAGUGCUGAUCGCAGCCUGUGACACAUUUCGUGCCGGGGCAGUGGAGCAGCUCCGCACUCAUCAGCGUCGCCUGAACUCUCUGCAUCCUCCAGAACAGCAUGGGGGGCGGCCAGUAGUCCAGCUCUAUGAGAAGGGCUACGGGAAAGAUGCAGCUGGAAUUGCCAUGGAGGCCAUUGCCUAUGCCCGCAACCAGGCCUUUGAUGUGGUGCUAGUGGACACUGCUGGGCGUAUGCAGGACAACGCCCCCCUAAUGACAGCCCUGGCCAAACUUAUUGCAGUCAACAUGCCUGACUUGGUGCUGUUUGUUGGGGAAGCUCUGGUGGGCAACGAGGCAGUUGACCAGCUGGUGAAGUUCAAUCAGGCUCUGGCAGACCACUCCAUGUCUGACAAGCCUCGCCUCAUCGAUGGAAUUGUUCUCACUAAGUUUGACACAAUCGAUGACAAGGUUGGAGCUGCCAUCUCCAUGACCUACAUCACAGGCCAGCCUAUUGUGUUUGUGGGCACAGGGCAGACCUACAACGACCUGCGCAGCCUCAACGCCCGUACUGUGGUCAGUGCCCUGAUGAAGGCUUAGGUGGCUGCAUGUUCCGCUGCUGAUUCAUUGUCGCAAACUAAGCCAACACUAUCUUUACCAUGCUGCGGUGAGAUGUUGCCUGUUCUUGUCCUCCUGUCCUGCCCUUUCUACUUUACAUUAAAUGAAGAACUAUUGUCAUGAACAGGACUUUAAUCUCCCACGAAAGGACAAGUGUGCACUUUGGAAGACAACAUUUUGCAAAGAAGCCAGAGGAGCCUACCCUUGCAUCAUUUCUUAACUUUAGAGACAAAAGUAGCUCAAAUCGGCUUACGUUUUGAAACAGUAAAGUUACAUCCAAAUGACAUUCUAGCUGACUAAAUGGACCUAGGCUGUAAAUGUCAUCCAUUUACUAGUUUACACAGUAAAGGCUGGCAUCUUGUCGGCUGGUUUUCCCCUCUUCAUGCAAAUGAGGUUAGGUUGUGAAGUGUUGCUGGAUGUGACAUUUCAGCUGCUGCCUGUGCCUGAGGAAAGCUUAGCGACCAUAGUGCCUAUCUGUCUCCUGACUUCUUAGUUAACCCUUUUCCUACAUGGGUGGUUAUCCAGCAAGAUACAGAUACUAGUCCAUUGAGUCUGAAUCAGUUUACAGUUGGCCAUAGAGUGGGCGUGAAUGUCAGCACUUGUUUAAGUUAGCAGGUGUUCUGGGAAAAUACACCAUGGAGUAGGUAAAGACCAGGAUCAAUCAAUAGCAAUCCUCUGUAACAUGAAAUAGCACAUCAUCAACUGUGGUGCUUUAGUUUCAGAUGGAUUGGUUUCUGAAAGUCAAUUCCCAGAGCUCCUCAGCUACCUAAUUCAAAUUCAAUUCAAAAUGGAGACUUUAAUCCCUCCCUUUGUAGUUGGUGAUAAGUGCAGAAUAUUUUGCAAGUUUAUUUUUAGUCUUUACAGCUGUGGUUGUCCACAGAUUUCAGAUUACACUUAAGGUGUAGUCAGUUGAAGUUCUAUGGGCCUUACUUAGGUUUUCCCCCUCUGAUUUACUCUUAGUUCAUAAGAGGAAAUACGAGUCUUAAAUAUCUCUACCCCCCCCCCCCUUAUUCGUGAUACGAGAAUAGGAGAUUGAGAAUUAUAAAGAAAAUUUGAGCUAAUUUAUGAGAAUGUAAACAUUUCUAAAUAAAGCUGCUAUAUGCCAUGACAGCCUAUAAAGUGGAACUUUUUCUGUCAUAUGUUGCAGAGGAACAAGGAUACACCCCAUACAGACUG